AUGUACUUCUCUUGCGCUGCUCUCCUCAUCGCCGCUACAGCAGCUGUUUCGAACGCUGCCCCUGCCGGGAACACUCAGGAUGUUGCUGGCGUGCUGAACUGGAAGAGCAGUUCGUCGCAGUCAGAAUCGACAAUGUCGCCAUCGACACACCGCACUUCGGCUCAAUUCGCUUCGGCUUUCCUUCCACCUCCUGAGAAGCGAUCCAGUCCCUCUACUGACUCGAACGGCUGGACCAUUUACACUGAUGCCAGCAUCUUUGACGACUUGACGGUUCGUGACGCUCCUGCCACGCAGAAGCCAAGCACUGACUCGAACGGCUGGACGAUGUACACCGAUGCCAGCAUCUUUGACGACUUGACGGUUCGUGACGCUCCUGCUACGCAGAAGCCAAGCACUGACUCGAACGGCUGGACGAUGUACACCGAUGCCAGCAUCUUUGACGACUUGACGGUUCGUGACGCUCCUGCUACGCAGAAGCCAAGCACCGACUCGAAUGGCUGGACCAUCUACACCGAUGCCAGCAUCUUUGACGACUUGACGGUUCGUGGCACUCCUGCCACGCAGAAGCCAAGUACCGACUCGAAUGGCUGGACGAUGUACACGGACGCCAGCCAGUUCACGUACACUUUGUACUAA